AUGAAUAAAUUACGGCUGAGAGCGAUCAACGACCAGAGGCCGCGAAGCUCUCUGAACUCUGGGCAAUUUGCUGAGACAAGGGACCACCACGAUGAUUCUCAGAACGAUCGACCGAAUAAGCGCAUCAAAAAAGCAGAUCUAAAUCGACCACACAGCACGAUAUCCAACUUCUUCGCUCCCAAAUCACGAUCAAAACCCUUGGAACAGAUCGAAGACGACGGGCUGGUUGGAGUAAAGCAUCCAUGGUCGCACGACCUGGUCAGAGAUGGCUCACAGGCUGAAACUAUCGAGGGUUCGAGCGUUACCAGCAACGGCAAGGGUGCAGCAGCUACGAGCAGUCUGCAUGAAUACCGCAGCGUUAGUAGUCGCAAUAAUGUCAAGCCAAGCCGACGAAGACGAAGACCGCACGAAAGCAAAACAUCUACAUCACCCAUCACGAUCGACGACGACGACACGAAUGCUAUCGCACAUCGAAACCUCCCUCCCCCGCCUCAGCAUGUUCCGAAUAGUCCGGAUUGCUUAGUUACUGAACCGCCACCGGCCAAUAUCAUUUCCGAUGUUGUUCAGUCAAAGAGGCCAGCCGCAGAGUACACGCAGAACGCACCGAAACGAUUCAAGCCCUUGAAUGAGUCUGACGAUGAGCUUUCGAGGCCCGGAACUUCUUCCGGUCGAGACGCUGCCAAGAGGUCCACUGCUGGGAAGCUAAUAUCUCGAUCUCCUCAGUCACGGUCUCAAAGAGGCGAUAUUCAGCCCACAGCCUUCAAAUCGGUAAAACCUGUUGCGAGUCAUCAAAGUCUCGCAUCAAAAGGGCCACCGCAAGAUGAUUUGACUGUGGAUGCUGCCGUUUGUGGGCAAUUAUUGUUCCCAUCCAAAGAUAGACUGGGUAGCGUUAGGCUUCAUCUCGAUGCAGAUGUAGCAUGCCCCGUUCAUGAGACUGGACUCGAUCUUGCAUGGCUCAACAUUUCGAAGAAAAAGAUCAACCACGUGGAGCACGGCAACUCCCAUAGUCCUAUUGUUGCCAUCAAACGAGCAGCUAAUGGACAGGUCAAUGGCACCUUGGUGUUGAAAUUCGCCCAUGCCAUUAAUGCCACUUUAUUCAUCAAAUGGCUGCUCGGGUCGUCAAGAGUCAUUGAAAAGUCUCCGGAGUACUUGACUAAAGUUUUUGAUCAUGCCAUGGGAAUCGCUCAAGAUUACAAAAACCAUUCUAUCGAACAGCCUGGCCCAACUACACCAAACAACGUAGUCAAAGCGAAUGAUUGGAGACCACAGUCUCAUUCUACUCACAGAGACCCUUUUCUAGGAUCGCCCAUCUCACCCAGGCGUGUUAAGCUUAAGGAUAAGAUGCAGGGUCUUCCUCCGCCGAAAGAAAAGGACACACAAAAGGAGCUGGUGGACAUUGGAGAUGUGUAUGCAGGGUUGACUCGCAGCCAUGGACCUAACACUCGACGCACAAGGCAGUCAACUCCACCGACACGCCGCGAAAGGACUCCCGAUAGAUGGACAGCUCAAAAUCCAGACUGGGACAAGGACUGGCAUAGAUCCUUGGUAUACCCCCCAACUGGAAAGAACCGUGCAACUGUCGACAAGGAUGAUAUCCAACGGCUGGACGAAGGAGAGUUUCUCAACGACAACCUUAUCAGCUUCUACCUUCGUUAUCUGCAAGUCCAGCUCGAAAAGGAACGGCCCGAAAUUUUGGAAAAGGUGUAUAUUUUUAACACAUUCUUUUUCGAAAAACUGAGGUCGAAUCGCACCAAGAUCAAUUAUGAAGGUGUGAAAGCCUGGACUGCCAGGGUUGAUCUUCUCUCUUAUGAAUACAUUGUGGUUCCAGUCAACGAGAACGCCCACUGGUACCUGGCUAUUAUAUAUAAUGCGCCCUGUCUUCUCCCUCAAGAAGUGAAAGCAGAGACGGCCACGAAACACGAACCCUCAAAUUCACAAGAGGCGAUAGUCGUUGAGGAUAACGACCAGGUAGCUGACGAUUCAAAGAGCCCCCCUGCUGGCCAGACACCACCUGCUGCGGAUCUUGAUGUCGAGGUUUCUCGAUCAACCAGAAGCCGGGCAACAAUUGACAACAAGGUUAUCUUAUUGAACGAUGAGAACGUGACAAAUCCAGAACCCGCUGCCAAGUCCACCAAGCGAAAGUCGACUGGAGGAAACCAGAAGUUCAGCACUGAUGAGCCGAGGAUUCUUACUCUUGACUCGCUAGGUUCACCACACCCGCCAACCUGCAGGUGUUUGCGAGACUACCUAGUCGAGGAGGCGAAACACAAAAAAGGGCUCGAAAUCAUCAACACCCCAGGAGGUAUGACUGCUCGAGGGAUCCCACAACAGGACAACUAUUGUGACUGUGGUGUGUAUGUAUUGGGUUACAUGGAAAACUUCCUUAAGAACCCAGACGAAGCCGUUCGAAGACUGCUCCACAAAGAGGAUACUCAGUGGAUUGUUAAGCCCCAAGAAAUCCGCGCCAAGGUGAGAAAUCUUCUCUUUGGGUUUCAGAAGGAGCAACAUUUGCGGCUGGAGAAGGAAAAGGAGCUGAAGAGACUACGGAGGGCAACGAAGGGUCCCGUCUCAUCGCCACAGGUGGCCCCAUCCUCCCCUCAGGUGCCCCUGGGGGAGCCACAGACGCCGCAAGUCAAGCGUGCACAGGAAAGCCCUAUAGAGACCGGUGCUGGUCGUGCGACACCGGGAACGCCUCGACAGACAGCCACUACUUCGGCAUACUUUGCAGUUGCUCCAGAGAAUCCGAUCCAACCCCAAACUCCUAAAAGGGAUGAGGAGCCAUCCUUCGUCCAACCUUUAAGGGACGACUCGAGCAACGAGUCUAAGGCCUCUAGCUCUGGAGAUGCCUAUCAUUCAGCACGUUCCUCACCUGCGGAUAAUGUGCCGCAGGUGCUUUCUGAGCUAAACAGAGAAGUGCCUCCAUAUCGCGGCGAGCGAGUGGCGAUCAAGCAGCCGUCAACGCCCCAUUUUGUACAGAGAUUAUCAGAAUCGCCUAGUGAGGUUCGUCCAACAGCCAGCUCAUCAACUGUUAAGAAGAUCAGUUCGCCGCCGUUGACUUUGGCUACGAGACGACGCCCCUCGCCAUCAGUUGCCCAAGGUCGUCGGGAUGUCAUUGAUCUUGAGUCACAUGUUAUUGAAAGUAUAGAAGAUGACAGACCUCCUCCUAAAGGACCGCAGUACGAUGGGAUUGAUCGAUCUAUCGAUUUGACUUCAUGA